AUGGACAAUUUUUUCGGCCUUUGUGGAUCCUUGAAAACGGUGUUGCGAAUCUUCGACUGCAUAUUCUACGAGGGUGAUAAGAUUCUCUUCCGAGCAUGCAUUGCUCUAACAAAACUCCACACUAAGGAAAUACUCUACUGUCAGCAAUUCCCCGAUGUCGUUCUCACUUUUCGUGACAUAACUCAGGACAAGCAAACCCUCUAUUGCCAUGAAUUCCUCAAGGCGAUGUUCAAGCUUCCCGGAUCACUGCCAAGAUCGCUAAUCAGCAAACUCCGAGAAAGGUGUCUGGUAAAAGUUCAGUCCACGCUAGACGAUUUGGAAGCUCAAAAGCGAGAUUAUUAUGAACGCAUGGCAAGACAAGAACAACAGAAGAAGCAACAAGUGUCAGAAGGCGAUAACGAAAAUCCUGACAACGAAUUGUCCUACACCGAAGAAUUUAGCGAGAGUAGCGAAGAAAACGGCAACCAGAUGUUGAAACCGCAAGGACAAAAGGACACCACAGAUAUCGAAUCUUCCCCUUCCUUAAAUAUUGGUAGAGUUAAUGAUGACGGCAGAGGUCUAUGA